CUUGGACCUUGGACUUUGGACAUUCCUUACUUCUUCAGUUCAGACUUCAGAAACAACCUCAAAACCUUUUCUUCUUUCACUCCAAAACACACAGAAGAAAAGGCUCAUAACCCAAAAAAGAAUUAAAAGAAAGAAAAGAAAAGAAAAACUCCCUUUUUUGGCUGUCUUGCAUUUUGCUCAUGACAGAGAGUAAAAUAUAAUAGCAUGACAACCUGUUCAUGUUUUGUUCUUUUUUGAAGCAUUCCCUAUUCAUUUAAAUCGAUUAAUCAUGAAGUAGAGAGAAGGGCAAGGAGUUAGAGAGAGAAAGAUUGUUUCUUUUUGAAGAAAAUGAGUGUAUCUUUGACUGUGAUGACCUUCAAUCUCCAUGAUGAUCAGCCACAAGACAGUCCUAAUUCGUGGGAGAAGAGAAGGGACUUGUGUAUAAGCGUUGUUACCAGUUACUCACCCAUCAUCCUCUGUACCCAACAAGGAGUGAAAACUCAAUUGGAUUUUCUCCAGCAGGGUUUGCCAGGUUAUGAUCAGUUUGGCAUAUCUCGAAAAGGGCCCCAAGACACUUCUGAUGAGCAUUGCACCAUCUUCUACGAUAAGGAAAAGGUAGAGCUUCUGGAAGGUGGAACCUUUUGGUUGUCUGAAUCUCCCUCUGUACCUGGAAGCAUGUCAUGGGGUUCUGAAGUUCCUUGCAUUGCAACAUGGGCUACAUUUCAACUUAAAGGAGUCGAGCCACCAGGAUUCUCAUUUCAGAUAGUAAAUACAAACAUGGAUGAGUUCAGUGCUCGUGCCCGCAGAAGAAGUGCUUUACUCACAUGGCAGCAUAUUGCAUCCUUACCCCCUAGCCUGCCAGUUAUGUACUGUGGAGGAUUCAAUACGCAAAAGGAAUCAACUACUGGACGCUUUCUUCUUGGAAGAUCGAGAGAGCAUGGUGUAGUUGGGGAUAUGAGGGAUGCAUGGCCAAGUGCCCGCGUUAGGAAAAAUGUUUCACUAAUCCGCACUUAUCAUGGAUUCAAGGGUGACAAACAGGGAACCCUUGAAUACCUAAAGUUAAUAUUUAGAGCCCUUUGCCUCUGCUGGGAUCGGCAAACACAGGAUCUUCACAUUGAUUGGAUCCUUUUCAGAGGUAGAUCAUUGAUUCCUGUUUCAUGUGAAGUGGUGAAUGAUAAUAUUGAUGGGUAUUAUCCAUCAUCUCAUUUUCCUAUAUUUGCUGAGUUUAUGCUUCCUCGCACUGUAAGAAUGCUAGAAUCACCUGUACAAGAGGAUAACUGAAAUUCUAUUUCUUGCUAUAUCUGGCUUCCCUCCUUUGUAUCUGUAUCCAUCAUGAAUUCCUUUUGUAGUUUAUAUUGGAAUUUGUAUUUAUACUGUGGGACUAUGGUAUUGAAGUAUGCUUUAUACAUGCUUCUGAAAAAUGUGGACACAUUAUUAUGAGUAGGUACUUGAGGAUCAUGUAUUUAUAUUUUAACAGACUUCA